AUGAUCGCUUCCUCUCCUUCUGGUGCCAAUAUUGGUGAGUCUGCCUUUGAUGGGUUUACACAAGAACAAGGUGUCGCUAUUGUUGGUAGUUCCAACGUUGAUCUUACUUAUGGAGUAAAAAGAAUUCCUAAAGUCGGUGAAACACUUUUUGCUGAUAGUUUUGACCAACAAUUUGGUGGAAAAGGAGCUAAUCAAGCAGUCUGUAUUUCUAAAUUAUCGAGCAAGGAGGCUAAAGUAGUUUUUGUUACUGUUGUUGGUAAUGAUGCUUUUGGCCAACAAGGCAAAGAAAACUUUAGAACUAAUAAUUUAUAUAAUGUGGACAAAAAUGUAAGAAUUGUUGAUUCUGUGAGUGGACAAGCUUUGAUUUUUGUUGAAAAAGCAACAGGAAAUAAUUCAAUUGUUCUUGUAGGAGGAUCAAACGAACAUCUUACUCCACAAAUGGUUGAUGACUCAUGGGAUGAUAUCAAACAAUGUAAAGUACUUGUAUGUCAAAAUGAAACACCUCUCAAUGCUACAUAUCAUGCUCUUAAGAGAGGAAAGGAAGAAGGAUUGAUUACCAUUUUUAAUCCAGCUCCUGCUGUCAAUCUCUUAACUUUACCUCCUGAACUUGCUGAUCUUCCAAAAUAUGUGGAUUAUAUUAUUCCAAAUGAAACAGAAGCACCUUUAAUUAUUGGAAAGGAAUUGGCUGACUCCUAUGUUGAGGAUCAAAGCUCAGUUGAAAGCUUAUGUAGAGAAAUCAAAGAAAAAUUAUCAGUCUCAAAUGUCAUAAUAACUUUAGGCAAGAGAGGUUGCGCUGCUUUGUACACUGAAAAUGGAGAAACAAUCUAUAAGUAUGUGGAGGGUGAAAUUGUAGAUGUAAUGGAUUCAACUGGUGCAGGUGAUGCUUGGGUUGGAAGUUUUGCUUAUUUCGUUUCUUGUGAUAUUCCAGUGGAAGAAUCCAUCAAGUUGGCUAAUUUCAUUGCUUCUGUCACUGUUCAAUUUAAGGGAGCUCAAAUGUCAUAUAAUGCAAUUUCUCAGUCAACUGUUUUGAAGAAAUUUGAACUGUAAAUAAAAGAAUCAACAAAAUUAUUUAUUUAAC